AGGGAUAAUGGAUUCAAUAUCUGAAGAUGAAGUUUCUUGUCCCGUGUGUCAUGAAGUCUUCAAGGAUCCCGUUCUUUUAUCAUGUAGUCACAGUUUCUGUAAAGAGUGUCUUCAAAAGAGCUGGAGAACCAAGAAAACCCAAGAGUGUCCUGUCUGCAGGAGAAGAUCCUCAAAUGAUCCUCCAACUAACCUUGUGUUAAAAACCUUUUGUGAGUUGUUCCUGAAAGAGAAAAAUGAGAGGCGUUCAUCAGGAUCUGAGGAUCUCUGCAGUUUACACAGUGAGAAACUCAAACUCUUCUGUCUGGAGGACAAACAGCCUGUGUGUUUAGUGUGCAGAGAUUCACAACAACACGACAAUCACAAAUUCAGGCCCAUCAGUGAAGUGGUUUCACCAUGCAAGGAGGAGCUCAAUACAGCAUUGAAAUCCUUUCAGGAGACACUUAAACAGAGAGAAAAGAUUAAAAAAGAGUUUGAGAAAAACGUUCAACACAUCAAGAAGUUUCCAGUCACAAUGGAAAGACUUCAGAGCUCACAGCUGGAUCCACAGAUGCCUUCUGAAGCUUUGAUUCAUGUGCCACUUUACUUGGGCAACCUGCAGUUCAGAGUCUGGAAGAAGAUGCAGGACAUCGUCCAAAACACUCCUGUGAUCCUGGAUCCAAACACGGCUCAUCCAUCUCUCAUCCUGUAUGAUGAUCUGACCAGUGUGAGAUACAGCGAGAAAAAACAGCUGGUUCCUGAUAAUCCAGAGAGAUUUGACCGGUGUCCCUGUGUUCUGGGUUCAGAGGGUUUUAACUCAGGAACACACUGCUGGGAUGUGGAGGUUAAAGACAGUUCAGCCUGGAGUCUUGGAGUAACUACAGCAUCAAACCAGAGGAAGGGAAGUGAUUUCUUCAACACUGAUGUCUGGUGUGUGCAUUACGAUCAGUACAGACAGUUUCUAUCAUCUGGUAUCCGUGUUAAACGGAAUCUUGAUCGUGUGAGAGUUGAUCUGGACUACGACAGAGGAACAGUGUCAUUCUCUAAUCCUGUAACUAACACACAUAUACACACAUUCACAACCACCUUCACUGACACACUCUUUCCAUUCUUCUGGUGUUAUAAUUCUUCCUCUCUGAGGAUAUUACCAUCCAGUUAGUAAAUGUUACUGUAGGUCUGGGGUGUAUUCCAGACAGGUUAGGUUAGGUAACCAGGGUAAGUGAAUAACCUCAACUUUCAGCUCCAAAAACUGAGGUAACUUUCAAAAUGUGAAAGUAGCCAUACCAAGUUAUUCUCUGAACAUAACCUGAGCUGUAUUUAAACACACCCCAAUCUCAAUUAAACACACCUGAAACAUCUAAUCAAGGUCUAAUUAGGCAUACUAGAAACUACCAAGGUGUGUUGAGGCAAGUUGGAGCUAAACUCUGCAGGACAGUGGCCCUUCAGGACCGAGUCUGGAGACCCCAGCUCUUGAGUAUGGACUCAAAUAAAUUCUGUGGAGAGUUAAUUUAACACUGUUUUUUUGUUGUGAGUCACUGAAUAUUGAGUA